AUGCAACAAAUCGCUUCGCAAAGACAACAAAGAAAACAAGUCAAGCAACGUCGAAAGCAUUUCAAUAACAACACCGAAAGAACGGCACCUAACCCGAACGAUGUAACAAGAACUACGAACGAAUGGAAUCACACUUUCCGGAAUUCCCAAGAAAGCCUUUCACAGUACCAUAAACGAAGAACCGGACGCGACGAUUCCAGUAACGAUGGUAACGAUGACACCAGAACGACGGCACAGUAA